UAUGAGUCCUGUUGUCAUUUCCACGCACAGCUACCUGUCUGAAACUUUGAUCAUUUUCAUUUUGAGCUUUGCAUGUCUAAACACGAUGCAGCCAUGGCGACAAACACGUUUGAUUUCGCGCUACGAUUAACAUGUGUGAGAAGGCGUUUCUAAAAAGCUGGUGAAGAGAAACUGUCCUAAAAAUACUCAAGUGGUUUGUUUUGUUUUUGUACCUCCUUCAGGGUUUUUUUCGGCGGACCAUCCGUCUCAAGCUCGAGUACGACAAGUGCGAACGCCGCUGUAAGAUCCAAAAGAAGAACCGCAACAAGUGCCAAUACUGCCGCUUCCAGAAGUGCCUGUCGGUGGGCAUGUCCCACAACGCCAUCCGCUUUGGUCGGAUGCCGCAGUCGGAGAAGCUGAAACUGAAGGCUGAGAUGGUGACGGGGGAGCGCGAGGUGGAGGACCCCCAGAUGGCCGACCAGAAGACGCUAGCUCGGCAGAUUUACGAGGCCUACCUCAAAAACUUCAACAUGAACAAGGCCAAGGCUCGGACCAUCCUCACGGGGAAGACCAGCACCCCGCCUUUGGUCAUCCACGACAUGGACACGCUGCAGCUGGCGGAGCAGACCCUGGUGGCCAAGAUGGUGGGCUCGGCGGGGGUCCUGAAGGACCGCGAGGCCGAAGUGCGCCUCUUCCACUGCUGCCAGUGCACCUCGGUGGAAACGGUGACCGAGUUGACGGAAUUCGCCAAGUCGGUCCCGGGCUUCUCUUGCCUGGACCUCAACGAUCAGGUGACUCUGUUGAAGUACGGCGUCUACGAGGCCCUCUUCGCCAUGCUGGCCUCGUGCAUGAACAAGGACGGGUUGCUGGUGGCGUACGGUUCGGGCUUCAUCACGCGCGAGUUCCUCAAGAGCCUGCGGCGGCCCUUCAGCGACAUGAUGGAGCCCAAGUUCCAGUUUGCCACCAAGUUUAACGCCCUGGAGCUGGACGAUAGCGACCUGGCGCUCUUUGUGGCCGCCAUCAUCUGCUGCGGAGACCGGCCCGGCCUGGUGAACGUGAGCCACAUCGAGCGUAUGCAGGAGAGCAUCGUGCAAGUGCUCCGGCUCCACCUGCUGGCCAACCACCCGGACGACGUCUUCCUCUUCCCCAAGCUUCUGCAGAAGCUGGCCGACUUGCGGCAGCUGGUCACCGAGCACGCGCAGCUGGUGCAAGAGAUCAAGAAGACGGAGGAUACGUCGCUGCACCCGCUCCUGCAGGAGAUCUACAGAGACAUGUAUUGAACAGCGUGGCCCAUCGUCCCGUCCUUUUUGGUUAUUUUCCUCUUACCGUGACCCCCCGUCCCCAGUGAACCCUCUCCUCAAUGCAGCAAGGGCUACUUUCAACUUCUGCUCGAUAAUAUUAAGCCUUGUUUCCACCAAGCGGCGCACUUUUAGUUGAGUAGACGUAUGUAGAAGUUGCACUCCCGCUAGCCGGUAAUUGAACCGUUUUGAGCCUCGAGGGCCACCGUACCCCAAUGCUUAAGUGAGUUAAGAGUUAGCCUGAGAAGUAUGGACCUCAAAAGGUUCUGCUUAGCUUUGCAAACACAGACUCAAAACAACCAAAUGCUAAAAUCUCGACUUUUUUCAAGUCGAGAUUUUGUUUUGCUUCUUUUUUUAAAAA